AUGGACGUACCUGGGAUCGCUCUAGUUACAGGCGCUGCAUCAGGCAUUGGCCGUGCUUGUGCGAAAACAUUCGCUCGAGAUGGUGCCUCCGGAAUCGCUCUGAUUGACCUCAAGUCGCAAGCUCUGGCAGUCGUUAAAGCCGAGAUCGAAGAGCAAUCAAGGAGACGAGGACAAAUCUGUCGAGUCGAGAUCUAUCCAACAGACAUCACAGACGAGAACCGCGUGAAUCAAAUCGUACAGGAAGUUGCCUCAACCUUCGGUCGACUUGACUACCUGGUCAAUGCAGCGGGUAUCGCAAUGAAGCACGCAGGCGGCGCGGCAUUCUGCGAGACAGCAGACUGGAACCGGAUUAUAAACAUCAAUCUCACCGGGACAUUCUUUGUUAUGCGUGCUGCUGCCAAGCUCAUGUUGAAGCAGGAGCCUAUUUUAUCCUCAUACGACGGCAGACCGUUGCAGCGUGGCUCGAUCGUCAAUUUCUCGUCCAUCCAGGGAGUUGCCGGAAUCGCACUUUCAACUGCGUACACCGCGACAAAGCAUGCUGUCAUUGGGUUGACGCGGACUGCAUCGGAGGAUUAUGCUAAGGAUGGACUGCGCAUCAAUGCCAUUUGUCCGGGGUACACGGAGACACCCUUGACUACCAAGUCCCCUCAGAUUCUCGCGGCUAUGAAGGAAAAGGUUGCCAAUGCAGUUCCGAUGGAGCGAAUGGGGCAGCCGGAGGAGAUUGCCGAUGGUGUGAUCUAUUUGAGUGGAGGGAGAGCUUCUUUUGUUACUGGUACGGCUCUGUUUGUGGAUGGUGGGUACACACAGCGAUAA